CCUUACUUCUCAAAAGAGGUCCCGUGGAGACAUGUGUGUGUGAAUACCCGACUAGUAAAAAAAAAAAAAAAAACACAAAAACAUUCUUCCCCACCUGAACUCACGCAAAGCCCUUAAUCAAAAAAUAGGUCUACUUAUGAUACCACCAAUAAAAAAUGAACACCUAACCGCUUACAAAAAAAAAAACUUAAAUUGUUCUGCGGACCGGCUUAUUUAUUCACAUUUCAAUUUUCAUACCCAUACAAUUGGAACACUAUCGAUAUGAUGUUCUGUAGACUGUAGCAUAGGUCAGUAACAUUUAUACAAACCGGUAGACCACAAACGAUGGACAUCACUCACCUGCUACACGUUGUUUGAAUUACCAAAAGCAACCAUAAUAGUCCUCUAAUUUACUCCAUGGCCGUAUCUCUCUUCAACCCCCAACUUCAUGUCCGCCAUCAUCGUUCGAACAACAAAGCUCUCUCGGUCUUCAGUCCCAAGAUAUCACAUUUCAAAACCAACACCAAACUCCGAUUCCAGUUUUCAACUAUACCCAACAAGCAUAGAUACAAAUGUUCCUUUUCUCCGAAUUUAGCAUCCAUACUUGAAUCCUCGUUGCCCAGUAUACUGAGGUGUGAAGGCAAAGAAGGUGGAGAUAAAAAAGUUGAGCUUUUGGACAUAAUCAAGAGAUGGGUGGUUUUGAUUCGAUCGGUGUUUCUCGGUGGAAGUUGGUGGAAUUUAUACGAGCCCAGAGAAGUCGAAAGCACACCAAUGGCGGUGAAGCCGAUUACUGUUUCGUCUGCUCUUCGUCAAAUGUGGGCGUUGGUUGAAAAUGAUAAAUGGGUUAUAUACACUGCAUUCGGUUCUCUAACCAUUGCUGCGCUUUCAGAGAUAUCAAUACCAAAUUUAUUGGCAGCUUCUAUCUUUUCCGCACAGAGUGGUGGGAUCACAGAAUUCUACAGGAACUCGCAGCUCUUGUUUUUGUUAUGCAUUACCUCUGGAAUAUGCAGUGGUUUGCGAAGUGGGUGCUUCGGGAUUGCAAAUCUGAUCCUGCUUAAGCGUCUGAGGGAAAAGUUAUACACAGCUCUCAUUUUUCAGGAUAUAUCUUUUUUCGACACAGAAACUGUUGGUGAUCUGACGAGCAGGCUUGGCGCAGAUUGUCAAAGAUUGUCUCGUGUUAUUGGAAGUGAUCUGCAUUUAAUAUUACGCAGUGUUCUUCAGGGGAUCGGUGCAUUGACUCAUUUGAUGACUUUAUCUUGGCCUCUAGCAUUUUCAGCUUUGGUGAUAUGCUCUAUUCUAUCUGCAAUCUUUCUGAUUUAUGGCCAGUACCAAAAGAAGGCGGCAAAGUUUACCCAAGAGUUCACUGCUUGUGCCAACAAUGUUGCGCUAGAAACUUUUUCUUCGAUGAAAACUGUACGAGCUUAUGGAACGGAAAGAAAAGAAAUUGGAAGGUACAAGCAAUGGCUAGAAAAAUUGGCUUUCAUAAACGUGCGAGAAAGCGUUGCUUAUGGAUUCUGGAACCUGAGUUUCGACACCCUGUAUCGUUCAACACAGGUUACUGCUGUCAUGUUAGGAGGAAUGUCUAUUCUGGCAGGUCAUUUAUCGCCCGAGCAACUUACUAAGUAUGUCUUAUAUUGCGAGUGGUUAAUUUUUGCGGCUUGGAGGGUGCAAGACAAUUUGACAUCAUUACUCCAGUCUGUUGGAGCAAGUGAAAAGGUUUUUCAUUUAAUGAAUUUAUUGCCUUGCGACCAAUUAUUAUCAGAAGGAGUGAAAUUGCAAGGUCUGAUGGGACAUAUUGAGUUUGUCAAUGUGUCCUUUUCCUAUCCUUCAAGAAUAAUGGUACCCAUUCUAGAACAUGUGAACAUCUCUAUAAAAGCUAAUGAAGUGGUUGCUAUUGUUGGUCUCAGUGGUAGCGGUAAAAGCACUUUUAUCAAUCUCUUGCUUCGUCUCUAUGAGCCAGCCAGCGGCAAGAUUUUAAUUGAUGGUUUUCAUCUCAAAGAGCUGGACAUCAGGUGGCUCAGGCGAAAAAUUGGAUUUGUCGGACAGGAACCCCAUCUUCUUCGUAUGGAUAUCAAGUCAAACAUAACUUAUGGUUGCUUUAGAGACAUCAAGCAGGAAGAUGUAGAAUGGGCUGCGAAGCAGGCUUAUGCUCAUGAAUUCAUCUCCUCCCUUCCCAAGGGUUAUGAAACUGUUGUUGACGAUGAUCUGCUCAGCGGUGGACAAAAGCAGCGGAUUGCUAUUGCUAGGGCUAUUGUUAGAGACCCUGAUAUUCUAAUCCUUGAUGAAGCCACCAGUGCUCUGGAUGCAGAAAGUGAAUACUAUGUCACGGGUGUUCUUCAUGCUUUUAGAAAUGACAUUAAUACAAAAAGAACUGUCCUUAUCAUAGCACAUAGGUUGUCUACAGUAAAAGCUGCCGACAGAAUCGUGGUAAUGGAUGGUGGUCGAAUUGUGGAGAUGGGUACUCACAUGGAACUUUUGCACCGGAAUGGAUUUUAUGCACGGUUAGUGAAAAUAAAAGCGGAUACCUUAGCUUGAAAAAGGACUAGGAAGGUUUACUUCGGUUUCCGUUAAUGCUAAUUUUAGGCUUAAUCACUUAAUAAUCUACACUCGAAUAGGGUGUUCAAUAUCAUAUCUCCAUGUAUGAUUCAUGUCACGGCUGAAUACCUCAUUAUUUGAACUGAUUUUAGGUCCCUGUUGGUCCGUUAAAUUUGCUUUUUCCCAAUUCCUCGUUCCGUUGUGUUGACCAACUAUUCGAAAUUAUUCGAAAUGUGUGAUCGAGUAUUUAAAAUAAUAAAAAUUAUUUUUAUAUGA